GACCCGCGCCGUGCCGCCGUGCGUCCGCGACAGUGCGUGUGUUGUGAAUGUGUGUGCAUUGACGGGCAGGUGCCGCACUCUGGUGACACGGCCUCGACGGCGUCCUGGAUGUGAGCAGGACGGAGCGUGUGGAGGGCUGGUUCACACUCACUCGCGGCGCGGGUCCACGGCUGAGCACGUAGACAACCCGCCACCAUGUUUUCGCUGUGGUAUGCGUACUUCGCCGUCAAGAAUUCAAAUUUGAGGAUCGGGGAUCUCAACGUUCCGUUCCUGAGAGGCAACAUGGUUGACGCAGCGACCCUUGAGAAAUUGGAGGCUGGCUACAAGAAGCUGGCUGCCUCUGACAGCAAGUCUCUUCUUAAGAAGUACCUGACCCAGGAGGUUUUCGAUGCCCUAAAGACUAAGAAGACCUCUUUUGGAUCCACUCUGUUGGAUUGCAUCCAGUCUGGUCUGGAAAACCAUGACUCUGGCGUUGGUAUCUAUGCCCCUGAUGCUGAGGCCUACUCAGUGUUCGCUGAUCUCUUCGACCCCAUCAUUGAGGACUAUCACAAGGGUUUCAAGAAGACCGACAAGCACCCUCCUAAGAACUGGGGUGAUGUGGAGACCCUCUCCGAUGUGGACCCCACUAAUGAAUACGUCGUGUCCACCCGUGUGCGCUGCGGCCGCUCCAUGGAGGGCUACCCCUUCAACCCCUGCCUUACUGAGGCUCAGUACGCUGAGAUGCAGGACAAGGUUUCUUCAACCCUGUCUGGUCUCGAGGGUGAGCUCAAGGGCACCUACUACCCUCUUAAGGGUAUGACAAAGGAGGUUCAGCAGAAACUCAUCGAUGACCACUUCCUUUUCAAGGAGGGUGACCGCUUCCUCCAGGCUGCCAAUGCUUGCCGUUUCUGGCCCACUGGCCGUGGUAUCUUCCACAACGACGCCAAGACUUUCCUGGUCUGGUGCAAUGAGGAGGACCACCUUCGUCUCAUCUCCAUGCAGAUGGGUGGCAACCUGAAGGAAGUCUUUGCUCGCCUUGUCAAUGCUGUCAAUGACAUUGAGAAGCGCGUUCCUUUCUCCCACCACGACCGUCUGGGCUUCCUGACCUUCUGCCCCACCAACCUUGGCACCACUGUCCGUGCCUCUGUCCACAUCAAGCUCCCCAAGCUUGCUGCCAACCUGGCUAAGCUGGAGGAAGUUGCUGGAAAGUACAACCUGCAGGUGCGUGGUACCCGAGGUGAGCACACCGAAGCAGAGGGUGGUGUUUAUGACAUCUCAAACAAGAGGCGGAUGGGUCUCACUGAGUAUGAGGCUGUCAAGGAGAUGCACGACGGCAUCAAGGAGCUCAUCAAGAUUGAGAAGGAAAUGUAAAUUGCUGUACCAUCACCUUCUGUGCUCACCAUAGACUCUGUUUAUGGUGGACCAGGUCACCAAAAUGUUCUAAAUUAUUACCAUCCUAAUCUCUUCAGAAGAAAAAGGGCUUUCCUUCUGAAGAUGAUUCAUUGUAAAUCAUACAUUGUACGUAACUAAAUACAGUCAACCAUCUUUUCUUGUUUA